UGGGAGGGGGAGGAGGGCGUGUCGUGUGCCAUAGAUAGCUUAAGAACAUAUCUUUACUUGGGGGAGAGAGAGAGACAGAGACAGAGAUCUCCAACUGCUCUCAAAUCAAUAUAUUCAUUCUAGAACCUCUCAGCUGCCUGCUAUGGCUUGCCUAGAAGAGCUUGAUCUGAUCCAGAAAGUUUGUGACUUGUAUGAUCAAAUCUCAAGGCUUGAAAGCCUGGAACCCUGCAAAGAUGUCAACAUGCUCUUCACUCAGCUUGUGGACACCUGCAUCUCUCCAUCCCCCCCCAUUGAUGUGACCAAGCUGAGCAAAAGAGUUCAGGAGAUUAGGUCUGAGCUCAUUAGAUUAUCCGGGCAAGCCGAAGGACUCCUAGAGAGACAUUUCUCCACCAUCUUGGGAUCAUUUGACUACCCGCUUGCCCAUCUCACCCUCUUCCCAUACCUGUCCAACUACCUCAAACUCAGCCUCACUGAGUUCAAUAUCCUCUCCCAACACUCCUCUCAUCAGCUCCCCACAAAGCUGGCCUUCGUGGGCUCGGGCCCUCUUCCCCUCACCUCCCUUGUCCUGGCCAGGAACCACCUCAACGCCACCACCUUCCACAACUAUGACGUCGACCCCCUCGCCAAUUCACUGGCGUCUCGCUUAGUCUCAUCCGACCCUGACCUUUCCAGCCGAAUGUUCUUCCACACGUCCAAUAUUCUUGACGUUCAGAGUGAGUUGAAAGACUAUCAAGUUGUGUUCUUGGCGGCUCUGGUGGGUAUGGACAAGGAGGAAAAGCUUCGAGUGAUUGAUCACUUGGCUAAGUACAUGGCUCCGGGAGCCAUUCUGAUGCUGAGGAGCGCCCAUGGAGCCAGGGCAUUUCUGUAUCCGGUGGUUAAUCCUUGUGAUCUUCCAGGCUUUGAGGUGCUGUCCAUUUUCCAUCCCACUGAUGACGUUAUCAAUUCGGUUGUGAUCGCGCGUAAGUUUCCUGUGGCUACGGAUGAUGAGUCUUCACUUGAUUGGGGACGGGGGCUUGGCUCUCUUCAUAUGCUGCCAGUGCCUUGCAAGUAUUGUGAUGAGAUCCAUCCUUUCAAUCCCCUCAACAAGCUGCACAUGAUUGACGAGUUGGCCAUUGAGAAGCAUAUCUCUUGAAAGCUCUCUCUCUCUCUCUCUCUAAGCUAUAUAUAUAUAUAUAUAUUAUGAUUGUGAUGAUCUCAGCCAAAGGGGAAUUGGACCCUCUAAUUGGCUCUGCUUUGCUUUUGAUGCUUACUAGCCCUCUAGGCAAGUCUCUGAAUAUGCUGUCGUUUUUGCAGCAUAUAUGUUUCUCUAGUGUUUGUUGUGUGUCUCGAACUACUACUUAUUUACAAGGAAUAAGGUAACCCUUUGGAGCAGUGGUGCUGAAGAAGAAUUCCCCAAUCCCAUGAAGUUGAAUCUAUGUACUGCAAGGAAAUAAAUAAUAUAUAUAUAUAUGUCACACAUGCUUGCUAUUUUAUAUAUAUAUAUAUGGCUUCUUUUGUAGGGUAGGGUGGUUCCAUGAAAAUGAAAUGGUACGUACCAGGGGAAAGUGGUUCUCUUGCUC